AUGACAGGCUCGUUCUCAUUGACCUCUACUGCUCUGACGGCCACGAGUGUUGCAUUGAGCGGUCAAGUGACGCCUGCGCCCGUGACUAGCACUGACGACCGGGGUGGGGACCGGGACCGUUCUGGUUCUUCAGACGACCAUCCGCACAGCGAGGACCGCGAUCGGUCUGCAUCGUCGGACGAUCGUAAUCGGGGCCAAGACGAUAGCACGACCAUUGCAUCGGCCACGACUCUGAGUUCCCCGAGCGCUGUACCCGCUGGACAGACGAGUCUUUCGCCAGCACUUGCUACUGCUCCCGCCAACGAUAUCAACGGAGCAAGGAUGUCAGCCGCUUCCGUGACCGGCGUCGUGACCAUUGCGGUGAUGGUCUCGGGCUUCAUGACGGCAGGGUUUGGCCUAUGA